AUGGCUGUGUUCGACAAGUGCAAAACGAGGCCGCAACAUAUUGAAGCCAUUCUCAAUGGUUUGGACAGAUAUAACCCAGAGACCACCACCAUCUUCCAAGAUUAUGUCGUGCAGCAGUGCGAGGACAGGACAUUCGACGCCUAUGCCAACUUGGCACUGCUGAAACUCUACCAAUUCAAUCCUCAUCUCCUCCAUACCGAAACAACAACCAACAUUCUCGCCAAAGCGUUAACCGUAUUCCCCUCACCCGCCUUUUCUCUAUCUCUCGCUCUCCUCCCAGCGCACACACAGCCAUUUGCCUCAUCAAAAACAUCGUCCCUCCCCAUGCAAACGUCUGAUUUUGUCGAAUCUGUCCAAAAGCUCUCCCGCCUCAACACCCUCCUUGAAUCCGCACAAUACCCCCACUUCUGGUCAACCCUCAAUUCCGAUGAUCUGUAUGCGGAUUUAGUUGCCGAUGUUUCAGGGUUUGAAGAGCUAGUGCGCGUUCGCAUCGCUGUCGAAGUUGGCAAAGCAUUCCGUGAAAUAAGCGCUGACAUUCUGGCUCAAUGGCUUGACUUGCAUGGAUUGGAAAGUUUGGAGAAAUUCGUCGUUGAUGUUUGCGGGUGGGAAUUGGACAAGAGCGCGGGACCAGAUCUCAAGAGUAUAGUCGCUAGAGUCCCCAGGAAUAAGGAGAAUGAAGCCAGAGGAGAGAUUAAGGGAGAGAAAGUGGGUAUAGAGAUGUUUGGCCGAGUUCUUCGGAGAGGUUUCGAACAACCCGUAUGA